AUGAUGCUUUCAUUGUUGAUUUCUGGUCCUAGACAACCUGGAAAUGACAUUGACGUGUACUUAGCUCCCCUCAUUGAUGAUUUGAAGAUGCUAUGGGAUUCAGGUGUAGAAGUGUAUGAUGCACACCGAAAUGAGACGUUUAACCUUAAAGCAAUGUUAUUUUGCACCAUUCAAGAUUAUCCAGCCUAUGGUAAUCUUUCUGGGUAUACUACGAAAGGAAAACACCCUUGUCCUAUAUGUGAAGAUGGUACAAGGGGAAAGUGGCUUCCAUCAUCUGGAAAGGAUAUCUUUGAUGUACAUCGUCGAUUUUUGCCAUAUGAUCAUCCGUAUCGUAAAUUGAAAAAGGCUUUUGACGGGCAACAGGAACUAAGGGGACGUCCAAGAGUCUUGAGUGGUACAGAGGUGUUUGAAAAGGUUAAUGAUAUUGAGAUUACAUUUGGAAAGAACCAUGGGACCAAACUUCCUAAACAGGGAUAUAAGAAAUGUUGCGAGUUAUGGCGUUUGCCUUAUUGGAGAUUUUUGUUUGUCAGACAUUCUCUAGAUGUGAUGCAUAUUGAGAAGAAUGUGUGUGAUAGCUUAGUUGGAACACUAUUGAAUAUCUCAGGAAAGACGAAAGACGGUGUUAGUGCUAGAGAAGAUUUAAAAGCAUUUGGGAUCAGAGAAGAACUCCACGUCGUUGAAAGAAACAAUAGAAAUUUUUUGCCUCCAGCUACAUAUACACUGUCUAGGAAAGAGAAAAAAGAAUUUUGUGAAUGUUUAGCGGGUGUCAAAGUACCUGAGGGUUAUUCUUCUAAUAUUCGAAGUCUUGUUUCAAUGGGAAAUAUGAAGCUCGUGGGUCUUAAGUCUCAUGAUUGCCAUGUUUUGAUGCAACACUUAUUACCUGUGGCUAUUCGUUCAAUUUUACCUAAAAAAGUUCGAUUUGCUAUUAUCAGAUUAUGUUCUUUCUUUAAUGCAAUAUAUAGCAAAGUCAUAGAUCCUAAAGACUUUAAUUCUUUGGAAACUUCAAUUGUCAUCAUUCUGUGCCAAUUAGAGAUGUACUUCCCUCCAUCAUUUUUCGAUGUCAUGGUUCAUUUAACUGUUCAUUUGGUGAGAGAGGUAAGAUAUUGUGGUCCCGUUUAUUUGAGAAAUCAAUAUCCCUUUGAAAGGCAAAUGAAAACUUAUAAGGGAUAUGUCAAAAAUCACUUUAGACCGGAAGGUUGUAUUGCUGAGCGAGCCCUUUAUGAAGAUGCUGUUGGAUAUUGUAGUGAAUUUUUAGAAAAUGCGAAGACGAUUGGGCUUCCUAUAUCACGGCAUAGUGGAAGAAUGGAAGGAAAAGGUACUUUAGGUCGUAAGCAACUUGACUUGUCUCAUGAGCAGUGGUACAUGGCGCACACUUAUAUUCUCUUUAACGAGGAUGAAGUUGCACCGUAUAUUAAGCAGCACAUUGCUUAUUAA